AUGAACAUCUUCAAAAGUCUCCUUGGAAAAGUAUGGCAAGACCCCAAUGCUGCCGAAGUGGUCAAGAUCGAGAUGGGCCAGCUGUACCUUGUCAGGCCGGGGAACAUCCGGUCAUCAAGGGAAUGCAUAUAUAACGAGGCAAUAGCGACGAUACGCCGUGUCCCCGCACUCGACCAUAACUUUCAGCUGGUCAUUACACGAGUAUAUGAAGAUGGCGAUCAAGAGCUUCUCGAAGAUGAAGAUGAAACUGAUGAAGAGAGGGUGUUCUUGAUCAGUGAAGAACUUGAAUUCCGGUCUGGGGUGACGGACGAUGAACCAACUUUCAUUUGGCGCGACCUCGACGGGGAUGUCGACGAAUUGUACGAAUUCGUAGCCUCAGGCACCAACGAACCGACUCGUGCGUUCUUUGAGACUUGCAUGUACCGCGCAAUGUACGAGCGCAAGUUCAAGGCAAGUGCGGAUAACACAAAGGACUCUGACUUGGAUCAGUUUAUAUGGCGACCUGUGAUAAAGGCUAGGGGCAAGGGCGGUAACCGGAAGUCUCCGAAGAAUCAACAAGACUCCGGGGACCUUCCAUCAGACACCGUGGAUGACUCUACGGUCCAAUCACAAGUGAUGCCGGCUAAGCCAACAAGUGCAGCGGCGAGGCCAUCCUUUGCGAGCUCCUCACUCCCGACGGUUUCUUCUCAAGAAGGCCAUAUCUUCUCCUGGAACCUGGAAGUAGAAGGCUUCGUUGCCGAGCGCGAGGAAGUUGUUGUUGCCAAGAUCGUCGAGCGUACCCCUGGCAAUUUCAAUUAUUGGCUCAUAGUCACUGACGAGGAUGGCGACUUCGUUUCUCACAAAAUCUCUUCGGAUAUGAAUCCUCGCUGGGCUCAAAGGACGUCAUCAUUAACAUGGAACUACGCUAACGGGGGCAGAUAUGAUAAAGCCUACGAUGCAUUUAAGACGGCCUUCGCUCAAUGUCUGUGGGAAACAUUGCAUGGCGUUGAAUUUCGAAAGGCCAAGCCUGAUGAGCAAGCCUACGUCAUCAGUUCAACAACUGAAGAUGUUGAAAUGCGUGACGUCGAAGAUGAAGACGAAGACGAAGAAGAGGUUGAAUCGGAACUUGACCCUGAUGAAGAAGCAAGUGAGGAAGAAGAGGAAGAAGAAGGAGAAGGGGACGUUGUUUCUUCCAUGCCACAAGGGGAACGCAACUCGCAAUUAACGAUCGGAUAUAAGGGCGACCGCUCUUAUGUUGUCCGUGGAAAUAAUAUUGGUGUCUUCAGUCACUCCAGCGACGAUCAAGUGAAGUACUAUGCGACUAUUAGUAAAAUUUCUACGCCGAAGGGAAAAGAAUUCAAGCCACAGGAGGUCAUGUUGCACGAUCAGGACACGAAGAUGGUCCUCAAGAAUCCUUCGGAUUCCCAUUCGUUAUUCAGCAUGGACAUUGAACGAGGCAAAGUGGUCGAAGAGUGGAAGAUCCACGAAGAUAUCACAAUUGAUCACAUUGCCCCCGACAAUAAAUUCGCUCAAACUACUCGCGAGCAGACUCUUGUUGGUGCUUCUCACAAUGCGCUGUUCAGAGUAGAUCCACGUAUUCCUGGCAGCAAGAUGGUUGAGAGCCAAUACAAGCAAUACGUCAGCAAGAAUAAAUUCUCUGGGGUUGCUACAACAGCCAGUGGGAAGUUGGCGGUGGCAAGCGAAAAGGGAGAUAUCAGACUUUUUGAUACAAUUGGGAAGAAUGCGAAGACAGCUUUACCACCUCUCGGUGAUCCUAUUCUCGGUAUCGACGUUACCGCCAGUGGCCGGUGGAUUGUCGCAACAACAAAGACUUACCUGUUGCUCAUCGAUACUCUUAUCGGCGAAGGGAGAUACGCCGGAAAUUUGGGUUUCGACCGUAGUUUCCCCGCUAACGCCAAGCCUAUGCCGCGAAGACUUCAACUUCGUUCUGAGCACGUUGCAUAUAUGAACCAUGACAUCAGCUUCUCAGUUGCACGCUUCAAUCAAGGGGAGGGGCAAGAAGAGAAUGCUAUUGUCACAGCAACGGGGCAGUAUGUCAUCGCAUGGGACUUUGCAAAGGUUAAGAAAGGGCAACUUGACAAGUAUGAGAUUAAGAAGUACGAAGAUAUGGUCGUUCAAGACAAUUUCAAGUUCGGGGAUGAUAAACAAAUUAUCGUGGCUCUGCAGAACAACGUCCUUGCGAUUAACAAGAAGAACCUCAAACGGCCCACGAGAAACUCGCUUGCGGUACCUAUGUCCAGUCUUCAGAGUCGGUCGAGCAUCGUAAACAGUCCGUACUAG